ACGCCACGAGCUUCGGGGCCAAAUACAAGAGCCAGCGUGAAACACCACAAGAAUUCUUGGCCCCAGUACACGCAGCGCACAGCCACACACACGUACACCUACUCCCGCGCGCAGACAUGGCAUCAGUAGGCUUCGGCACGGUGGCGCCGGCCGUGGCAUCGCCGGCGGCCAGGACGACGAGCAUGGCGGGGCGCCGCGCACGGUCCUCCACCUUGCACGUCCCCGCCGCGACCAAGGUCGUGACGGCGGCGAAGCAGGGCGGGGAGGAGAAGGGCCUGUUCGACACCAUCUUCGGCGCGCUGUACAAGGAGGAGCAGCUGCUGGAGACGGACCCCAUCCUGAACAAGGUGGCGGGCGGCAAGGCCCCCGCCGCCCCGGCGCCCAAGAAAGCCGCCGCCGCUCCGCCGGAAGCGAGCGGCGGCAACGGCGGGUUCAGCCUCGGCGGGUUCUUCUCCAAGCCCAAGACCAAGAAAGGGUGAACGUUAGUUAAACUUGAAUUGUUUUAAGCUGCUCCUACUUGCUUGCUUGCAUGUAAAUUGCAUACUGAUUGUGUGCAGGUUGUUCUCAGCCGCCUCCAUUGUAAAGUGCUUACUGCUUGUUAUAUAUAGCAUUGAUUCAGAAAAGCCACCUAUUUUUUUUUUCUGAAACAAAAACAUCAAAAAACAUCAACGUACGUAACUGUCUAAUUCAUUCUUUUCAGCUGA